CUUUGGAUAGACAGACAGACUCCUGGGGCCUGCCAACCAUCAAAAUGUCCAAAGGGCCUCUUAUUCUCUGGCUGCUGAUUGAACUUGGGCGGCUUUCUCUGAGUUCAGCUGCAGAAGAGACUGUGAGAGCGUAUUUGGGUCAGACGGUGACUUUGCCCUGUAUAUACUCAUCCUGGUCUCACAACAGGAACAGCAUGUGCUGGGGCAAGGGCGAGUGUCCCAAAUCCAAAUGCAAUAAUGAGCUUCUCUACACCAAUGGGAAGUCAGUGCUGUCCAAGAAGUCACCAAAAUAUGAACUUCUGGGCACUAUCUGGAGAGGCGAUGUCUCCUUGACCAUCUUCAACACCAAUGAAGAUGACAGUAGUGUGUACUGCUGCCGCAUAGAGGUCCCUGGCUGGUUCAAUGACGUGAAGAAGAACAUUCGCCUGCGGUUGAUGAGAGCCCCAUCAACCAGGCGCUCCACAACACGUCUCCCAACCACCACCACUGCUCUGACAACAACCACAGCUGUGCUUCCAACAAGAGCUAUGAUUACACCUGAGCUCACAACCAGAACACCACUUCAGACAAGAACCACCACUGCCCUCACAACAGUGGCAACGACAUGCCCUCCAGCCACAUCAACAUUUCUUUCUGAAGCCACCACAGUUCUUCCAACCACUGAGCUUUCCAUGGAGGGGACCAUCCUCACUGCAGAGUCAGAAACUUUCUUUCUCUCCAAAGACCCUGAGAUAAGCACUGAGGUGACUUCUGGAAGCACUGCCUUGCUGACAUCCAAGGAGUCUGAAGCCUGGUUUUUCCAGUCAACAUCCCAGGCCUCCAUGUGGGAGACGAGUGACCCAGUGACUUUUCCUCAGACAGGAGCAACGGAGACAGAAAUGCCUGUGCAAAAUGGAGUUGAAUCAGAACAGGUAAAAAUGAUCAACUCCGACCUGCUAAUGAUCAUUGCUCCCUCCCUGGGAUUCGUACUGUUGGCAUUGCUUGUGGCGCUUUCCCUCCAAGGGAAAGUCAUGAAAACCAGUUGUUUCUCGAAACACACAAGGCUAGACAGUGUUGGAGAAUGUAAAAACAACUUUGGUGACAUGCAGCAUGGAAGAGAAGACGAAGACGGUCUUUUCACGCUCUAAUGCGCCACCUUUUCUCAGGAUGGAGGAUGGGGACAUGAUGUGGGAAUCGUCAAAACAAGUCUUAGAAUGUGUUGUUUGUGUUGUUUUGUUUUUAAAGCCCUGUUCAUUCCACUGG